GCAGUGGAAGGUGUCCACAAUGGGCUUCCCUCAGGGAUAAGUGCUAGGCCCCACACUGUGGAACGUUCUGCAUGACGAUUUGCUUCGGUUCCCGCUACCGGGGGGUGUUAAGGUUGUAGGGUUUCAAUCCUUUUUUUCCAAAUUUCCGGCAUUUUUGACACGGCCUUGCUCCCUGUGCGACCUCGAAUGCGCGCAUUGCAUUCCUGGAACACCCGCCCUCCCUAUUGCGUUGACAGGUGGUCUAGGCUAUCAGCAAUACCGUAGGGAGAGCCGAAAAAUUUUUAUUGUCGUUUCGGGUUCUCUUCCCAGAGAGGAUCCCAAAUGUAUACUUAAGGGUGGGAGUGAUGACCUCUUCGCCGUCAAUUUUACAAAAGUGAGGCCCUUACACCCUUAAAUUGACUUGGGAGGCACUUUACACCUCCCAAAAACACAGUUUUAAAUAAAAAUUGGACCAUUAAGAGGCAAUCUACACCUCUUAAUAUUAAGUUAGUUUAGGAAUAGUUAUUUUACAACUAGAAUAGGUAUUAUUAUUGUUGACUCUGGGAGGCUUUACACCUCGCAGCUCUCCUAUUUAGGCUAAUAACUGUGUAACAUGUCAGUUGUGACAGAACAUUUAACUGGUGAUCUACCAAUGCAGAAUACCAUUCACUGAAAUGAUUGACAAUUUAUUAGACUCGCUAAACAGCAGAAUUUCGCGACAUCGGCCUUUACACAUACAGUUCAGAGUUCGAACCGCGGGAACUAGCAAGUAUCAUGAUCUGCAGUACAAACCGACAAGACUUAACUAACCGGUUCAUAACAAAUAUUUAGCAAUCAUAGUCGCAUGCCAAUCACAGUGAGGUGUGGUGAAGACAUUUCUCGCCUGCGAUCGUCAUUUUGCGAUCAUUGAGAAAGCGAAAAAGUGUGUAAAGCCACUGAUUCCAAAAGACCUUAUUGAACUUAUUGCAAAUGCUGGCAAAAAAACCCAUCCUUGGUAGUGGAUAAUAAAACCUUUGUUAAUUGGUAGUGGAUAAUAAAACCUUUGUUAAUUUUCGCUAUCAAGUCGUUCCGUACGCAAUAUGCUCGAAAUGCCCCAACUAAUCGGGUACUGUCGAUGCUCAAUUCGUUGAUUGCUCAGCGCCAAGAUCUAGAUAUUUUUGAUAUAAAACUUCAUGUAUUUAUUGAUAUUGUAAACAGCUGUGAAUUUUAAUUUUAAUUUUAUAGAAAUAUGCAAUUUAUGUGUUUGUAUUGUAUAGUGAUUAUAUUGUAAUUUGUUUAUCUGUUAUAUUGUUAUAUUGUAAGUCUGUACUUUGUAUGCGUUUUGGCUUAGCUGUAAGCAUACUAAGGAUAUAUAAUAAAUAAAUAAAUAAAUUGGAUGAAACUGGCUAAAAAUAUGAUUAAUACUAAAAACGCUACCGAUAUCUUCGGCAACGAUGUUUCACCUACAAUACAUUUUUUUACAAUACAUUUCUCGCAGUUGCGUACGCAUUCCGCGCGUGGACACCGCUAAUAAAAACCGCCAAAGGAUAUGCAAAUCCUGUAAAACUUUACUAUCAAUGUAAUGACUAUGACUAAUAUUUGUGUCUAGUAAGUGCUUUAGUAAAUUCAGUGCUCCUGGACUCUCCACGAGGCAAAAAAGUGAGUCUCUUAUACUGUACUGUGUCCCCGGUAUUCCAUACCUUCCACAGUCCACGAGUCUAGCUAUCGAAGCAUUUUUAGGCGUUAACACAUUUAGUGCUCACUACUCGGAUCCGAGUUGGGAGGGGGGAUAGUAGCGGUGCCGCGCACUCGGAUCCGAGUGACCGGCCUGUGCAUUUUGUAGUAGUCAGUAAGCCGCCGGCGUUUGAGGUGAGUUUAUGUUGGUUUGCGCGACCGCUCUGAAACAUAUUCAACUUACGAAAACGCGUAUUGGUUUCAUUAUAACAGUGUAAUUGUGACUUUUACACACGAUCGUAUCAAAGCUAUUUUUGCACUAAAAUGGACAAUAAGGCUGGACCGUCUGGAAGUAAAUCUACGAGUAGUUCUAGAAAAAAGCGUCGGCAAAGUGAUGACUAUGAGUCUGAUUAUAGUGAUGAGGAUGUGUAUUCUCAAAGAGCUGAUGAAGACUCUUCAAGUUCAGAGGACUCUUCUAGUUGCGGCAGUGAUGAUAGUAUCUUUGAUACUAGACUGAAGCAAAAGACGACCAGCCGUGUACCACCAGCUCAACCUUCAAGGUCAUCUGCCCCAAAGACGACAAGCCAUAUACCACUAGCUCAACCUUCAAGGUCACCUGCCUCAAAGACAGUCAGCUGUGUACCACCACCUCAACCUUCAAGUUCAUCUGCAUCAAAACGUGGUUUAUGUGAGUCAGAUGGAAGGGCUAUCAUUCAAUGUAAGCGAUUAAGACCUUCAUUUAGGGAUGGCCCCACGCGUAAUAAUUCUACUCAAUCGUUGAAGUUACCAGAUCUAAAUAGUUCCUCAGCAUCGAAGUCAGCGCCUCGACUACUGGAAUUUGAUGGAGACGGUAGCUUUGAAUUCAAUUCUGAAAUUGACUGCCGUCCUACAUCGCCGAAUAUCGUACAGGACUAUGGAGAUUUUUUGCCGGAUAUACCAAUUAACCCUACCAGUUCAACACCUAGCGUAUCUCUUCUGAGAUCCGAUGCGAUCACCCCCAACCUUUCGCCAGAACGUGAUGACGUCUCUCCAUCAAUUAUGGCUGUUCGGAGAUCUGGAAGUCGUACUCCAGACUUACCCGAUGAUUUUUAUCUAUCACCCAAUAACUCACCCUCUGGUCAAGGAGCCACUACCACCUGGAGCAGUGAUCCAAGCUCCAUGAAAAGCUUAGAGUUUACUAAGGAACAGGAACUCUUAGUGCCGCCUCCAACUGAUCCUUACGAAGCAUUCCGACUAAUGAUUGAUGACGAGUUGUUAGAUCUUAUAGUUCGCGAGACCAACGCGAACGCAAUAAGAGUCGGUAAUGCACAAAACGUCAAACAAAACUCCAGAAUAAAAUCUUGGAAAGAUUUAACAAAGGAAGAACUGCUGACAUUUUUAGGACUCCUUCUUCACACAGGAACAAUUCGACUAAACCGUUUAAGUGAUUAUUGGAAACGACACUAUUUGUUUAAUAUUCCAUGCUUCGGACAAUUCAUGUCACGAAAUCGUUUUUUACUUAUUUUACGAUGCCUACACUUUACGUCUGUAACCAGUGAAGAAGACCGUCUCAAUAAAAUCCGACCAUUCAUGGAUCAUUUUAACAAUAAAAUGAAAACUAUUUACUGUCCAGGUAAAGAGCUAUCAUUGGAUGAGUCCAUGGUAUUGUGGCGCGGUCGGUUGCUGUUCCGACAAUAUAUAAAAAACAAACGGCAUAAAUAUGGCAUUAAACUCUAUGUUUUAGCAGAACCAGAUGGUACGGUCUUGAAAUUUCAAGUUUACGCCGGUGCUAAUGAUGAGACAUCAGGGCAAGGACAUAGUAGUAAGAUUGUCUUCAAACUACUAGAAGAGAGACUGGACUGUGGCCAUCAUGUAUACAUGGAUAAUUAUUAUAAUUCUUAUGGCCUGGCUGUGAAAUUGCUAGAUCGACAGACAUACUGCACAGGAACGUUAAGAAAAAACAGGAAAGAUAAUCCCGUCGAAAUUGGCUCUGUUUCACUGGAAAAGGGAGAAAACAAAUCCUUGUUCUUGAACGGCGUUCAUGUCGGAAAAUGGAGGGAUAAGCGAUACGUUCUGUAUAUUUCUACAGAACACGGUAGUGAGAUGAUGGAGACUACUUCCAAAAGAGGAUCUAUAGUAGUGAAACCAAUGGCAAUCGUUCAUUACAAUAAUUUUAUGUCGGGUGUUGAUCUUCAAGAUCAGAUGUUGGCAUACUAUCCAGUCCAAAGGAAGACGCUGCGUUGGUACAAGAAGCUGUUUGUGCAUAUGCUGCAAAUGAGCCUUACUAAUGCAUUGCACUUGUACAAUACAUUUUCGGCGAAUGACAAAUUAAAUCUAUAUGAUUUCCGUAUGAAGAUACUGGAGAAGCUUUUACCUGAUCCUAAUGAUGUAAAUCGACGCAAUGUUUUGAAAGUGAAACACGAACUCACAAAAAUAGAAAAGACCCGGACGAGAGUUAAGACAGUAGGAAGAGUCACGAAACAAACUAUCGAAGUGGUCCGAAAAGAAUGCAAAGGUUGCAAAUCACAGAAAAAAAGGGUGCAAACAAUUUAUGAAUGUAAGCAAUGUGAAGGUUCUCCAGGUUUCUGUACAAAAUGUUUCUGCCUAGCACAUUCAUAAUUGUUUUCAUUAAAUUUUAUUGUUUUGUUACCUAUGUGGUUAAAAUUUUCAGAAUAUUUUUUAUUCCUUUGUACCUUUAUGUGAGUGACUCACCUUUAUUCUGUGACAAGUUUUCAAUUAAACUUAUAAUUAUUACGUA